UCACUCCUCCCAUAUAUAUAUUCGCCUUCCAUGUCCCCGACUAUAAGCAACAGUGGAGCAGGCAGAGGAGUGGCGCCGUGUGUCAGUAGUAUCCGAAGCGCGUUUCGACUGGGAUCUUAAUUCACCGUGGAGCAGCACAUGUCAUUCAGGACAAGUCAAUGAAGCAAACUCAAUCCGGUCUCAAGCUUUCACCCACACCCGAGAUGGAUCCUACCCAGAGUGUGAAGUGUAAAAUCGUGGUCGUAGGGGACAGUCAAUGUGGGAAAACCGCCUUACUUCACGUGUUUGCGAAAGACUGCUUCCCAGAGAACUAUGUCCCCACGGUCUUCGAGAACUACACAGCCAGUUUUGAAAUCGAUACACAGAGAAUAGAACUAAGUCUUUGGGACACAUCAGGCUCACCGUACUAUGACAACGUACGACCACUCUCUUACCCCGACUCUGACGCGGUCCUCAUCUGCUUCGAUAUCAGCAGACCGGAAACGUUGGACAGUGUUUUAAAGAAGUGGAGAGGAGAAAUUCAGGAAUUCUGUCCCAACACCAAAAUCCUGCUGGUUGGAUGCAAGUCUGACCUUCGAACGGACCUCACCACACUGGUGGAGCUGUCUAACCACAGACAGACACCAGUGUCAUAUGAUCAGGGCUCCAACAUGGCCAAGCAGCUGAGCGCUCCCUACAUCGAGUGUUCCUCCCUGCAGUCGGAGAACAGCGUGCGGGACAUCUUCCACGUGGCCACGCUGGCCUGCGUGUCCAAGAACAACAAGAACGUGAAGCGCAGCAAGUCCUCCCGGGCCACCAAGAGGAUCUCCCACAUGCCCAGCAGGCCCGACCUUACGGCGGUGGCCACAGAUCUGCGCAAAGACAAGGCCAAGAGCUGUACUCUCAUGUGAAGGGACGGGUCUAUUUCCGAGACUUCCUCGGAACCGUGUGGACUUUUUGGACCGAGUAGGGGACGGCACAAGGCAUUUGAAGGGGGGGGGGGGGGGGGAGCAAGGCAGUGAACCAUGCCCUGUACACCAAGCAGUUGAAGGAUGACGGAUGCUCAGCACUUUAAAUCAUCUCAAACCUACCUUCCCCCCCCCCCCCCCCCUGUUCCUGCUCUCCUGGUAUCUAUAAUGUUGCGCUAGGAGAAAUGAGUCUGUCCCGAAAGCAGUGCCAUGGGAUUUAUAAACGGGGGGGGGGGAAAAGAACAGUGAAGCUCCCAGUAAUUGGAGAAGCUCAGUGACGAUGCCAACCAGAGAUAACCCCCAAGCCUCAGAAACACUAGGGUCUGUUUGUCUCAUGACGACAGGCCCCUCCUCUACUUUUCAGGCAUUCAUGGGGAGAUGUUUAUCCGCUUUUGGCCUUCUGUUCCCCUGAAAGCGACGUAAACAUCCCUUUUUUGGCGAUCGUGGUGGGUGAUCUCCUACCUCGACAGGAAGUGGGGGCAUGCGGUCCACUCAUAUCUUAAGAUUAAAACAAAACGGAUGAAAAUGUGGAAAAAAAAAAAUGAAGACUUUAAAAUAUGUUAACCCCUCCCCUCCCUAACAAAACGAAAUGCAUGCAAGAGACUGCUACUUUCUAAGUGAAAGGCCCAAGGAAGAGGACACUGGUCUCUUUGCGGUAGCCCCCCCAGCUCAAAGUGACAGAAACACUGUGGUUUCAGAUCGUCUGUCUGUUGUGGAUUUUCCCCCCGUUCUUUCCUUUUAUAGGUCAUUGCCUUGAUGCGUUUGCCAAAUGGAAGUGGGAUAUGUGUAUUUUCUGUUGCCAGUGUCAGAACCUCGUUUAAUGUGCCAUUCCCACAAGUUACAACGCAAAUUAAUCUGUAGCUCGGCAUCUGCGGCGUCUAAUUGGUUUUUGUUUUCAUUCCUAUUUAUUCUUUACUACCAAAGAAAACAGCUAGCUGGUGGCAGAGCCUAUUCCAACUUUAGAUGAACCCAUUCUUGUAGUGUAUCAUAACCUUUUCUUGGUGUGCGGCAGCGACACACAUAAUUCGUUGCUACGCGGGUUUGGCUGAAGUUUCCAAUACGUAGUCUGUUGCUAUGACACCAGCGCCUUGCGCGCGUGUUACCUUGGGGUCUUGGUGCCGAUAGCCGUGGCUUGUUAGCGGCGAGGUCUCUCUCUCCCUCUCUCGAUGCACACAUCACCUCUAAUUCACCAUCUGGCUAUGCAGGGUACAUGUUCUGGUUCACGGUUUGGAACGACUGUGUGUGUAUAUGUCAAUAUUUCACAUGGUCUUGUUGAAAGUGGUUGCAUCUGUUUGGCAAUGCAUGCACGGAUAUCCAAGUUUCUCUGCCUAGUCAAGCCCCGUUUUGCCGGAGCUAUGCACAUUUAUCAUUGCAAGGUUCAGUUUUUAAGGAGACCUCUAUCUGUAUCUGAUGUGCUAUUUUUUUUUUAUUUGUCUGAACGUUUUUGUUUGUAAUGCAAAAUGAUGUUCUAAUCAUGCUCAUGCAAAUUCUUGAUCAUUUGAAUAACAAAAACGUACAAAGUUACACUUUGGCGACUCCCUACUCCAAACUAAACCAGCACCAGUCGACCUUCCACACCCCUCCAUUUGGUUUUGAGCUGUCGUGUCUUUGACUUAGAAUCCAUCCCUCCCCCCCUCCACAAGGCAGUAUUAUAACAGACUGGGCGUGUGCUUUCUAAAAAAAAAUGUAUUGAAUCAUUGUUCAGAAGGUGUUUGCUGUAGUUUGUAUGUCUUUUGUUUUGUUUGGGUUUCUGAAUGUUCAGUCCAGUUGUACGGAUGUAUGAAUUGAUGUCUUAGCAGUAUUUAUUUAAAUGCUAUUUUUUUUUUUUUUCAUUGAAAAUAAAGGUUGAUGUCCAGUAAAA